AUGGAAGGGAUGCCGCUCUCAUAUGCUUCUGAACGCCAUUCGAUCAGGUCACUAUUGGCAACUGUGGGGACUCUGGCUGUGAUAGCAAGCAUACUUGGAUUUGUUCUCCACUCCUUCAAGAUUGGGGACACCAUCGCAGGAUGGUACACAGGCUCAUCUUGCACUCAAGAUAUGCAUGGUGGUGAGAUGAACUUGGCUGGGUUUGGCAGCGAUGGUUGUUUGCAGCCAGUUGAUUACUUGGGGGGUGGUGAAAACGCGCCCAGGGGACGGUUUGUAUACAUUGCCACAAUAAAAGCCAGCAACCACCGCCACGUUUGCACCGGAAUCUUGAUUGAUUCCAGGCAUGUGCUCACCGCAGCACAUUGCUUUGGAGCCGAGCAUGUAGGGAAGAAUCCAAUAGUAUAUGUUGGAGCAUACGGAAUCAACGACAACAACUGGACUGACGGCGUCGAGGUUAUGAGAUUCGAGGAAGUCACUGUACAUCCACUCUGGAAUGGGAGAACAGAGAACGGAUACGACAUCGCCCUUGGAAGGCUUCCGAUGGCAGUGAAGGAUGCUGUGUUUCCAAUGAUUUCCACUGAAACACACGGGCCCAAUACAAGGGUCUGUGCGCUGGGCUGGGCCCACCCCCGGGGCGAUGCAGAUCCAGAGCCGAGGGAAGCUUUGCAGAUUGUUGAGGACUUUGAGAUCGUCGACAUCGAGUACUGCCCACCUCGCCUCAUCAGACACGCCAAGCGACACACGAUAUGUGUCAGGGCCAGAAGCGAACCGCCGCGCCCCGAUCGAGGUGAUUCAGGAAGCCCGCUCUUGGUUGUAGAUCGUCAGCAUGGAGGUAUUGCUGACGGUUUGCAAAACCUUGACCUCCUUGUCGGGAUCCUAUCCCUUGGGUAUGUUGACUCGGGAAUUGACAGCGCUGCUGGGAGUCGGUCAUGCGAGGAGCCCAGAUUGGUCUACACAUCCGUAGCAGAUUUUCUACCCUGGAUUGCCUACGCUCGGCAAAGAAAAUUUCCACCUUCAGCACAGGAAAGUCACCAUCCUCCAGAGGUCACUGAAGCUCCUCCUGCAAGGUUUUCUUGGAUGUCAAGUAUUAGAGACAUCCAUGGUAACCAUGUGUGCUCGGGAGCGCUAAUUCUUGAGAAUUACGUGAUCACUGCUGCGCGCUGCCUUGACCCCAGCUAUCAGCCGCUUUUGGGCCCUUUCCCUGUUGUGAAGAUUGGCGGCCACAUGUCGGAGGGGGACAGAAUAUCACCGGGGGAACAGGCAGUCAACAUCGUCAAAGUGACCUUUCACCCAAAAUGGACAGGUUGCGAUUCAUCAAGUGCAUUUGACGUUGCCCUGGCAAAAUUGUCGAAGCCCCUGAAAGGCGUCAAGUGUGCGAAAUUGGCAGCUGCUCAAAGCUCGCUCCCACAAAAUGCCCACAGCCUGGGUUGGAAGUAUACCGACGAGCAGUCGACGAAGACAUCUACUGUUCUGCAGCUGGUUCGUGACAUCGAGGUUGUGGACAAACAGAGAUGUGGCCGUUCAUGGGACAAUGGCGACAACAUUGGGUGUGCUCUGCAAGGGUCGAAAUCGAUUUUCACAGGUGAAAGAGGAUCGCCGCUGUUUAUCCCAGACAAGGGUGGCGGAAAUUUAGAGAAAGGAAAUGCGAAAUAUGACCACUUAUUUGGAAUUUUGUUGCCUGACGAAUGCCUUUCUGGUGGAGCAAACGCGUCUGUCAUCUUUUUAACAUUACCCAAAUUCAUCCGGUGGAUCAACGAGGCCGUUUUCGCGAAGGAAAGGGCGGCAAGGAAAAGCAUGAUACUCAUGGCAGUAUUUUCUAUAUUGAGCAUGGGAUUGACGUGGUAUCUUCGUAUAGAAAGGGCACAUCCGCAGAAUCUGGAUCCAUUGAAUCCAAGCAGUCCGCCUGAACCUCGACUGCAAGAUCAGCCAGUGCCAACAUGCGGAGAAGAACUUCCAAUUGACUGCGCUUCACCCACGGUGGCACACGAGUCUCCACCCAAGGAAGACACCGUGCAAGAGCCCGACGGUGACGACUCGCCCACGAAUUGGGCAGAGAUACAACCGGAUCCUGGGCCAUCACAUCGUGUCAUUCGAAGCCCUCCUCAAAGACACGUAGCGGAAUCCUCGAAUGGUCUACGCCCGAGAAGGAGCUGUAGUCCACCCACCGAGAUGCAGCCAGGAAGCGUCACCCAAUGGACGAUUGCCGGCUCGAGCAGCGACACCCUCGAAAACCGCAUAAUGGAAGAUUACUGCGGCAGUCCUUGCACGAAGGCCAUCCUUUUCUGCACGCAGGUGGGCGACAUCUGGGAGGGAGGCAAGCAGAAGCGCCGGGUGAUGGGCCUGGCCGCCCUGAAGGGGAUCCUCCACAAGAUGAAGGGAAGGGGCGAACGUUCUAAUAUCGAAAAUGCCUUCAAAGUGGAAAAAAGGGGCGCAGAAGGUGUGGAAAUUCAUUACUCGAGCACGGUCAGGGCCACAGAGGUGCGGGAAGUGGGAAACGCGGCGGCCGUGGGGAUGGAGUUUGUGGACGAGGGCGAAAACUACAUUUUCAGUGCGAAGCCCAAGGAGUGGCACACUUUUGCCAACCGCAAAAAGGCUGAAGCCAUGUUCAAAUGGGCGGUGAAGAACGCAAAGUCUGGCCCGAACAAAGGAGAGUUGAGGAGGGACAUGUUCCUCGUGGUGGAGGUUCUGGUGGCCUCUCGGGUGGUGUUUGUCAAAACCAAAACCGCAGGAAAGGUGAACAUCACAGCGCCGCUGGCCGGGGGCGCGGGGAGCACCGAAGUCUUCGACAGACUGAGUGAGCUGAGGCUGGCGCAAGUGCGCGGAGACAUUAUGGUCAGAAACGUGACGCCGUCGGUGGAAGCGCACAAGGUCGUGAACAACAGCGAUUGCGCUUGCAUCGUCAGGGUGAAGAACAACGCGACGUGGAAGUCCAGCAGAGAUUUUGAAAGAUCACGAGGGCCACUAAUCCGCGGGUUUAGGCGAAUGUGGUCGUCAGGGACCCUUUUUGGAACGCGAGCCCUCACGCUGACGCGAUGUGGAGGACGAGGAGAGAAUUUGAUGGACGGCGGACGGCGCUAG